UUGUCAAUGGUGGAGCAAGAGUGAAGAAAGAAUUAAAAGCGAGGGUGAAUUUUUUAGCAGCAGCAGAAAAAGUGGAGCGCUCAUAGUAGAAGUUUAUGCAGUCGUUUAAUUUUCAUAAUUUUUUCAGUUAGUCGUUUAUUUGUACUUUGCUUUGAGUUUAAACAAUUUUAUAGUUACUACUGCUGUGAAUUCUAAGCUCUAUCGCCGCUAUUGCCACAGUUUGGUGCUGUAACCGCACAACGACUUUUCCUGCAUAUACGGCAUUAAAUAGGGAGAAAGAUUUUAACAAACAAAAAGCAAAAUGAUUAAAUUAAAGAAUUUAUCGAAUGUUGUCAACAACACAACAGUACGCGCCAUAGCUACCUCAGCACCACUCAACGAAGCCGACUCAUGGUUUUCCAAGUUGUUGGUGCGUAAAAUUGAGCCAACUAAAGAAUCGCACAGUCGAAUGCUUAGUGAUAAGGAAAUCAUUUAUGCCUUGCAUACGCACAAUGUACGUCCCGGUUAUAUGGAUGAUUAUUUGAAAAAUUACAAGAUUUCAGUACAACUGGUGAAUGAUAAGAAAGCGAAUUUGUCAUGCAAUUUAGUCGCAUCAUGGACCGUGCAUGUUGGUGAUAUGGAUCAGUGUUUGCAUUUAUGGAAAUACACUGGCGGCUUUGAGAAGAUCGAUAUCGCCAAGGAAGAUUUGUGGCAUGAUGAGGAGUACGUGAGUUUAAUGAAUGAGCGCAUAAAGUACUUACGUUCACGUCAUUUACAAUAUCUACUGGCAUUUAGUUAUUGGCCUAAAAUUGAAUUUCGUCCAGGCAAACAUAUCUACGAAAUGCGCUCAUAUCGUUUAAAACCUGGCACAAUGAUCGAAUGGGGCAACAAUUGGGCGCGUGCCAUUAACUUCCGCAAACAUAACAACGAAGCUUUUGCUGGUUUCUUCUCACAAGUAGGCCGGCUUUACAAUGUGCAUCAUAUUUGGUGCUAUAAGUCCUUAUUGGAUCGCAAGGAGACACGUGAAGCUGCCUGGCGCUCUCCCGGUUGGGACGAGUGUGUCGCCUAUACUGUGCCACUUAUAAAAGAUAUGCAUACACGCAUUUUAGCUCCUACUGAGUUCUCGCCAUCACAGUAGAGCCAACGUAAGCAUAAACCGUAAAUAUUGUUACAAAUAGCAAACUUUUUAGUGCCUCCAACUAAUUUAUUUUUAAACAACUAUUGAGUUUUUGGCUAUACCCACACAUAUAUGCUAUGAAUUGAUAAAAUAAUCGUUGAAGGCGUGAACGCACAAUAUUUAAGCCAACUACAGUAAUGCUUCCACAUAUACAUUUCUUUUUAUUUUCGAAAAUUUUCAAUUUAUGUGCUAAUAUAUUAAGCUCAAAGUUUAACAAUUAUCUCUUCAUCAUGUACAGUGUUGGCGCUUUUUAAUAUAAUUUAAUACAAUAAUUUAAAAUUCAAUUCUCAGUGAAAUUGGUACCGAAUUUCGUGAUAAAUACUUAUUGCAUAUUUAUUUGCCAAGCAAAAGAAAUUGUUACACUAAAAUCAAAAAUUAUGAAAUUGUUAUAAA